CUGUGUGUUAGAGAGAGAGAGAGAGAGGGGGAGGGCUGGGGAAGGAGGCACUCUGAGCAGAAGCAGCAGCAGCAGCGCUUCACAACAUACACAGAGGCAGCAGCAGCGGAGCUGCAGCAUGGACUGAAGAAGCAAGCUUGCCCUCGAACCAAAUCAUGGAUCUCUAAACCCGGGGACCCCUCCACCCCCUCCCCUCCCCUCCCACCCACUACAUCUCCCGAUGUUGCCGGAAUCCAGCCCGAUGCAGACAGAGCACUAGACAUGGGGAAACUUCACUCCAAACAUGCCGCCGUUUGCAAACCCAGAGAAAGUCCCGAAGGUGACAGUUUUGUGGUGAACGCUUGUUUAACUCGAAAGGGGCUGGAGGAUUGGAUCGUCAAACAGAGGAACAGCUCGGGCUCCCAGCGAGCGGGCUGGAGGCUUUCUACCGCGGGAUCAGCUGGUGAAUACAGCAGAGAAGGAUACAGUGAAGAACAUUAUCCUUUAGAAGUUGCCCUACCUCCAGAAAACACUGAUGACUUCAGUAAUACAACUGAAAAGAAAAUGGAAAAAGAAGCAACUGGACAAAGUGGUGUGAAGAAACAACUGAAAUUUGAAGAGUUGGAAUGUGAUGUUUCAGUAGAAGACGACAACAGACAAGAAUGGACAUUCACACUCUAUGACUUCGAUAACAAUGGGAAAGUCACUCGUGAGGAUAUCACUAGUCUUCUGCACACAAUCUAUGAGGUGGUCGAUGCAUCUGUGAACCACUCACCAAGUUCCAGUAAGACAUUGCGGGUAAAGCUAACUGUGACACCUGAUGCAAGCCAGAAAAAUAAAGGCAAUCAAACAGAUGUUAACAGUACAUGGCAAAAAACUGAAAAUAAAUGUGUGGACGAGUCAAAGAAUUUCGAGAAGAAAACCCGUGCCCCCCUCAGACGUCACAACAGUGACCAGCAUCCCCAGCAAAAUAGCUGCCAUCGCCACUGUGUUGAUGAGAACAUAGAAAGGAGAAACCACUACCUUGACUUGGCAGGGAUAGAAAACUACACCUCAAAAUUUGGACCAGGUUCACCUCCAGUGGCUUCGAGAAAGGAAAGUCAUGUGAAAGUUUCUCAACAUGCCAGAUCCCGUUCCCAUGAUCCUGAGGUCAUGCACAGUCACCACAGGAGAUGUCAAACUGUGGAUGGAGGGCACAGUCACCUUAAUCAUUCUUCUUACACUCGGAUGAUUGAAUUACAGCAAAGACUACGUAAUCAGGACAGCAGCAAGCACUUAGUCAAAUCGCCAAGAACCCUGAGCAAAAAUAUGAUGGCUUCAGUCCAGGCUGGAAAGGUUGGCAAAAACAAGUUUUCACAGAAUCCCUACGUGCCACUGACCUCCACUCCUGUUGUAGUCACCCCAAAUAUUCCAUAUCUCCCCAUGCAGCUUGGUCAACAACAUCAACAGAGUCACAAGAAACACAAACAAAGAUCGAAGGACAGCCAUCAAGUGUAUAAAACCUUUCAGCCCCCUUCAAGAGUAGUAGAGCAAGAGCAUGUGAGGGAUUUGCCAUCUCUUAUGCUAUACGAAGGCCAUGUUGGUCGGAUUGUUCAGAGACACGAACAUCAUCACCACCAUGAACAUCAUCACCACUACCAUCAUUUCUACCAGACAUGAGCGGAGAAGAUCAGGGCAUUCGAUGAGAACUGAAAAAGUACACUAUUCAAUUUGAAGGAGAGAUUUCUGACUGGAUUUUAUCACUUUCAGUCUACACAGUAUUGUUGAUGUUAAUUAUAACAUGCAAAGUUCAUUACUUUGACAGUGAAUAAUAAUGAGAUGAAGUGAAACUAAAAGACUUUUGAACAGCUGGCUACCUCUCGUGUUAAUUCAGAUUUUAUUUUCUUUAACCUAUAAAAUGUGCCACAGGGGGUUUUAAUGUAAAAGUUUUGUAAAAGUUUUGUGUUGUCUAGAGUAUCAUUUAAAUUUCUGUAUUUGAAAUAUUUUCUGUAUUAAGUUCCACACUACCCAUAUUUGCCAAUUCUACAGUUAUUAUAAUACUGUAGUUUUAAUUAUUCCUUCUGGAGUCAAAUUGUUUUCUACCUUUUUGAGAUGUAGCCUAAAGGAAAGAAACGCUGCUAAGUGUUCUGAAAGAUUUGUGCCCUGAUUGGUGCAUUUUUUUUUCUUAGUUUAUUUGAUUGUUUAAAUGCAUUGCUUUCUGGCAAAGAGUUGUUGAUUUGAAUGUUUUGUGACUGAACACCUAUUUGAAUUAUUUUGAAAUAUCCAAGACAGUGGCAUGCCUCCUAGGUUACUUCUGAUCUGACUACAUAUUAUACAUGGAGUGAAAUGGUUAGUCAAAACUGUGCACAUAAUUUUCAAAACUUUGUGCAGUAGUCAGUGCAUAGUGUUACAGAUUGGAGGUUUACUGUCUAACUUCUUGGGUGUAAUCACUCACAUAUAAUUGAGAUAUUUAUGCAGUGGAAGUUCUAAGAAUGUGUAUGAAUGCAACUAACCCCAAUGUUAUAGCACUCAAAUUCUGUCACUCCAAUCCCACCAACUGGAGAAAUUCAAGGUCACCAUAACAAUUGACCCUGUGCUAUGGGACCGUGUUACACAGAAGGUGCAAUGCUCUAUACGCAUUUCAGAGAAGUUAACGAGUAUAUAUUCUAUCUCAGGUUUUCUUUUAAACUGUGGUUUGACUUUAUUUUUUGAGAUGCAAGUCUUUUCUGAAAGGAAUGAUAAUGGACUUCUUCAUGAGUGGUGCACAGGGAAGAUGGCACAUAACUUGAUGCAACCAACUUCAGUUUUCAAGUAGUGUCUCUAAAUCUUAUUGAACUAGCAUAGGAGAUAAUCAAAUGAAGAUACCUCACCCAUAAUGGUGAUAUUCAGAAGCCUGUUGGGAGUUAGUUAUGGUGAGUCUUUUGCACAAAUGGAAGAAGGCUGUGAAUGAGUGAGAUAUCCUGAUAAUUCUAUGACCAGCAUCUUAAAUGUACUACAGAGGAAUUCAAAAGCACUACAUGCUGCUGUUGACGAUUAAGUGUUCGGCCUUUUUCACACAGCAAGGAAGAUAUCCCUAAAAAAAUUCAGCUUUGCUCCAGGAAAAGGUCAGUAAUAAACGUCAAUGCUUCCUUUUCAGAUAGGAAAUAUGUUACUAGAGGCAAAUUUGGUUAGUGAAUCUUUCUUGUAUUAAGCAGCAAAAUAAACUUAGAAACAACUGUGUUUAAAUCACACCAUAGACUAUUGUUACUGAUAAGAUCAUGUGAUGUGUUUCCAAUAAUAAUUGAUUUUGGGAAGCUGUCCUUUGUUGCGGUCUGUUCAGAUAGCUGUGUCAAUUAAACUGACACAGCAGAAAUACACAACACGGACUGAAGUAGGUCUGUUCCCCCAUAUUCACACUUACUCUAAUGUCACCAGAAGUCAAUUGCUGUGUGGAAUUGUGCUUUCUUUCACAUCAGUGAAAGGAUACGUCCAAUUUCUAUAGGUGUGAAAGCAUGGUGCCGUGGGCAGUGAAAUCACCACUCACGAAUUAUAGAAGAAAACAUUUAAAGAAUAUACUGUUUUAUUGCAACAGCAUCCUUGAAGAAAACGUUCUAAGUAUAUUUCAAGGAUCCUUUUUCAAAUUUACUAAGGAAUUAAGGAGGCCAUGAACUUUUUCAUUUAUCUGGGCUUAGACAGAGUUGUACCUUGAUGCUAGGUAUGUUACAAAUACUGCUCAUGUAGCAGUCUUUCCCUCCUAAGUAUACUUUGUAUUUAUAAAAUAUAUAUUGGACUGAAAAUGACAUGUCUGCUAAGCAUAUUGGAUUUUUGUGUCAUAGUGUUUUAAUUAUUAGCAAUCUUGUGUUAACAAACUUAAGUCUAAUGCAAUCUUGUCUCCACCACUAGUAUAUUUUACAAAUUGUGUACAUUCCCAACAUGUGUAGUGUUUUCUGACAGCCAUGUAAAAGAACAAUGUUUAAAUUUGCAUUUACUACAUAUUGUACCAUUCAAUUGUAAAACUACUUGUGUAACACAAUUCAUGUUCCCUUCUGAAAUAAUUUUUUUGGUAUCCCUUUAAUUGAAUAUAUCUUUUCAGUAUUUUGUAUAGUAUAUAUAGAUGGUUUUGAUUAAAUGCUUUAUUUAUUUAAUAGUAAAACUGUGCCAACCAGAACCCCUAUUCAUUAAAGGUAAAUUAGUCGAACACAUUAACAAACCGGUGUCCCAGUGACUAAUUAUUUGGCAAUGUUCAGCAAUAUUUCACUAUGAGCUUUUCGGGACCGGUGAGUUUUGAUCUUGUAGGUCUGCCUGCCAUUUUAACAAAAAGGCAAACCUCACAUAAUGCAAUUCUGCAGAACCUCAUGAGACCUAAGAAGAAACAUUGCAUACGCAUUCGCAAAGUUUUUACAUUACUUAUCUUGUGAGAAAAGUGGAAAGUUGGAAACAAGGCCUGUAAGCUAAUCAAAAACAAACUGCUGAUCUGAUUGUGAGUCAUUCUAACUUUACCAGAUCCACAGAGCUUCUGUCUCGUUAGAGAGAGAUGUCUGGGAUGGUGGUUAAACCUGAGGGCCAUCAUAUCUCUGAGGGGAGACGUUGAGAUGGAAAGUUCUGCAAUGUAAUUAUAGUUACUAAGAACCAGAUUUU